AUGAACAUCAAUCAGCCCCUCUCCGGGCGAGGCCUGGCUAUCCCUUUCACCAAGGCCGCCAACCCCAACGCUGAUCUCAAUGAUGGAGACCUUCGUCUGCCAUUCAUCAGUCGCAUUCCGGACAAUAUUAGAAACCAUUUCAUUGCAAUGUGUGGUGAAUUUGUUGGAACUGUACUGUUCCUCUAUUUUGCGCUGUCGGGAGCACAGGUAGCAAACAGCGUCAACACGUCCAGCGGUCAGUCUAUUGCAGAGACCGGUAGCAACCCCCAACAGUUGCAGUACAUUGCCUUGAGUUUUGGUUUCUCAUUGGCUGUUAAUGCUUGGGUUUUCUUCCGCAUCAGUGGUGGACUUUUCAACCCUGCCGUCACUUUCGGUAUGUGUCUGAUCGGAGCCCUGCCCUGGGUGCGUGGUGGCCUGUUGUUCGUUACUCAGAUUCUCGGUGGUCUGGCUGCUGCCGCUUUGGUGUCUUGCAUGUUCCCCGGUGAACUCAACGUCCGCACAACCCUUGGUGGAGGCACUACUAUCGUCCAAGGUUUGUUCAUCGAGAUGAUCUUGACUGCUCAGCUUGUCUUCACCAUCUUCAUGCUGGCUGCUGAGAAGCACAAGGGUACCUUCAUCGCUCCUGUUGGAAUUGGUCUUUCGCUCUUCAUUGCAGAGCUUACCGGAGUAUUCUUCACUGGCGGCAGUCUCAAUCCUGCCAGAUCAUUUGGCCCUGCUGUCGUCAACCGUGAAUUCUCAGGAUACCACUGGAUCUACUGGGUUGGUCCCGUCCUCGGAUCCAUCGUCGCAGCUGGCUUCUACAAGUUUAUCAAGAUUCUGGAAUACGAGACUGCCAACCCUGGACAAGACAUGGAUCACGCAGCCAAGGUCGAGAAGAGAAAGAACCUUCUUAUCGCCGCCGGUAUCAACGAGGUCGAUGCUCAUCACGUCGCCAACGAACUGCAGGAAAAUCAGACUGUCACCGAGAAGGGUGGGCCCGACGGCACCGUCGUUGCCAACGGUCAAGGCCGUCGCGGCUCUGGUCAAGACACCGCCAUGUACGGCACCGGCUUCCGUGCCAACUCACAUCAAACCAGACCAUCUACCAGUUCUGGCGAUACUGCUGUGGUCCAAAGACCUUCAGCUGUCACCACUGGCAGCCAACUUGGCCGCUUCAGCUAUCUGGGCCGCGCAGGUGUCCAACAACCUAGAAUGAACAGCAUCAUCAACGAGUCAAGAGUUGACAGCCCCGGUAUGACGACGAAUGAGGAGCUCUAUGCUCCUCUCGCCGCCGGCGGUGAUGAACCACUUGGCGGCAUGGUCGCAGACCACGAUCCCAGAUACCGUUACUCGAGAACCAUCAGCAGUGGUGUCUGA